AAAAGACAGAUUCCAGGAUUUGCAUACUGCUUCUAUAUGAUAUUUUAUUAAUUAAUACGUGUGCCAUUACAUGUAAAAAUCGUCUCUACAAAACAAAAGCUACAAAAAAUACAUAUGUCAAGACGUUUGCUUUAUUUUGGUAGUCCGUUUUUUUUCAAGUGCAAUCCACAAUAAGUACACAUAUACAACACAUAUACAACACAUCGCUCUCCCUUUUAUUUUUUAAAGCAUAAUUUUCUAUACAACGCAGAAAAAAUCCAAAUUAAUUGAAGAAAAACCCAAAGCUCAAAACACCGGCUACAAACACACAGACGAUACAACUCGCGCGAUCAUUGUACAUGAAAGUGUUAAGAAUGGAACUACUCAAGUUGGAAUUACCAGAAAAGUCGAUAUCCGGUAGACCUUUGAAGAUUAACGAAAGGAGUAAAAGAGAGAUUCUACGCGAGAUUAGCCGCGAUCCAACACCACCAAUGAACAAUAUUUGUAAAACACUGGCUACACAUGUAUCAGGUACAGCUCUACGCAAAUUUCUACGUGAAGCGGGUAUAUAGUCUUGCACAAUGUCACAAUGCCCAAGGAUUUUUUCUUUAAAAAAAAACAAUCCAAAAAGAAACACUUGCAAUGGACGAUUGAACUCUUGACUGGAAAGUUGUGGAUUUGAUUGCCAUCAUCCGGUUUUAUGAGCCUUAGCAGACUCCAUGAUAGUUACGAAUGUUAGAGAGCUCUUGGAAAAUCAGAUACCGACUUUUCCUCCAAAUGUCUUUCUCUCCCACACACACACACAUCAACUAUAAAGCCUAGAGGUGAUUUUGCCAUGGUCUGGGGAUGCUUUUGUGAAAAAAUAAAAUGCCGGAGUUUCUGAUGUGAUAGUGGGGGGCAAAUAGUCUCUGGCUCUAAAUUGAGAACCAGUUUUUUAUAAAACACAUAAACUAGGUGGUUUUUCCUCUUUCCCCACCAUUUGUCUUUU